GGUUCAGUGCAGGAUGUUACGUUCCCAGGCUGUCAAGCUAAUGCAUUUCCGCUGAGAGGCCGGACUAAAAAAAAAAAAAAAAAAAAAAAAAAAAAAAAAAAUAGAGGAAGAAGUCGCGACCAGAAAAUCAAGACACUCUCAAUUAGAAAGUAAGCGAAGUAGGAAGUCGCUGGGUGAGACAGUUGUGCUAGUGCAGAAUGGACAGUCAAGGAAGGCGGGUAGUCGUGUGCGACAAUGGAACCGGGUUUGUCAAAUGCGGUUUUGCCGGCUCCAAUUUUCCUGAGCAUAUUUUCCCAGCACUGGUGGGUCGACCAAUUAUCCGUUCUACUGCUAAAGUGGGCAACAUUGAGAUCAAGGACUUGAUGGUGGGCGAUGAGGCAAGUGAGCUGCGUUCAAUGCUAGAAGUUAAUUACCCAAUGGAAAAUGGUAUUGUUCGUAGCUGGGAUGACAUGAAACAUCUUUGGGACUACACAUUUGGGACUGACAAGCUGAACAUUGAUCCACAAAGCUGUAAGAUUUUGUUGACAGAGCCUCCAAUGAACCCAACAAAAAAUCGUGAAAAAAUUAUUGAGGUUAUGUUUGAGACGUACCAGUUUGAUGGUGUCUAUAUUGCUAUUCAGGCUGUGCUCACCCUGUACGCACAAGGUUUGCUGACGGGAGUUGUCGUUGAUUCUGGGGAUGGUGUGACUCAUAUUUGUCCCGUGUAUGAAGGUUUUGCUCUGCCCCAUUUGACUAGGAGACUAGACAUUGCAGGCCGAGACAUCACCCGCUACCUCAUAAAGCUUCUACUGCUGCGUGGCUAUGCCUUCAAUCACUCUGCAGACUUUGAGACUGUGAGGAUGAUGAAAGAGAAGCUUUGCUAUGUUGGCUACAAUAUUGAGCAAGAGCAGAAGUUGGCACAAGAGACCACAGUGCUUGUGGAGUCGUACACGCUUCCAGAUGGGCGUGUGAUUAAGGUUGGAGGUGAAAGAUUUGAGGCUCCUGAAGCUCUGUUCCAGCCACAUCUCAUUAACGUAGAAGGAGUAGGAGUAGCUGAACUUCUUUUCAAUACCAUUCAAGCUGCAGACAUUGAUACGAGAUCUGAGUUUUACAAGCACAUUGUGCUUUCUGGAGGAUCAACCAUGUAUCCUGGUUUGCCUUCUCGUCUGGAACGCGAGAUCAAGCAGUUAUAUCUCGAGAGAGUGUUAAAGGGAGAUGUUGAAAAGCUUUCUAAAUUCAAGAUUCGCAUUGAAGAUCCUCCUCGUCGAAAGCAUAUGGUGUUUCUUGGAGGAGCUGUACUUGCAGACAUAAUGAAAGACAAAGAUUCUUUCUGGAUGACUCGGAAAGAGUACCAAGAGAAAGGAGUGCGUAUCCUGGAGAAGUUGGGUGUUACUGUGCGGUAAACAGUAAUCUGUUCAUAAUUGCUAAAGCUCUUCUUCUGCUCAGCUCGCUAUUUGCGAUAUUCGUAAUUGCACUUUGACCUUCAAACUUCCAAAAGUGCAUUCAGAACACACACGUUUUAUUUGGACUUAGAUGGUUGAGCAGGGCUGGAAGAAUGGAGGGCUUUGAGUCGAGCUCUGUUUCAAAUUGCCAUUUUGAGAUUCUUGAUUUUUUUUGGAAGUGCAACUAACAGACCUCACAGCUUCUACUGAGGUUUCAAAUAUGCUUUAAUACUGCUAUGCACAUUUUUUAUGUUGUAAACGGGCAUUUUUGUUUGCCUUUAACUAAGCUGGAAACAAAUAUCAGCAAGGUCACAACAGAAAAAGAAAAGGGAAUUUAAUUGGACAGUGUGCUGCUACCACUAAACCCAGAAUCAAUGCUUAGUACAGGUAUUGGUUGUUAUGAUAGAAAAGCAUCUUUGAGCAAUGCAGUGGAGAAAAGCAGGCAUCUCAGAAAGAAGGCUGUUUUCUUUCUGGAAAUCUUAAAUUUUGAAUUAGUAAGCCAGUACAGAAUAUAUUUCUUUUGAGUAUUCCUACAUAAACAAGGUGGAGAAAAGGGCCAUUUUGUCUAGUCUGUGGUAAAAGUCAAGAUUUCACAUUUAUCUACACAUUUUUAAAUCAGUUUCUGCCCACUUUUUUACAUCAUAUUUAUUUUACUCACCCACGAGCUUAGUGUUGGUUUUGAGCAUCUUCUUUUUGCAUUUCUUUUUACUGUUUUCUUCUAUUACUCCUGGUGAAGCUGUUCUGGUCAGUUAUUUAACUUAAUUCUGUAGGUUAAUUGAGAUGCCCUGAAGUUCAAAGCAAUGUUUCAGAAACAUUUAUAGAAAACACUUAGAUGCCAUUAUUACAUGGGACUAAACAUACACUGGAAACAUCUUGACGUUGAAGACAAGAGGUAAACUGUAAAUACAAUAAAUAUUCACAGUAUCAUAUGACAAUUGGUCUAGAGACUUUAGCCAGAAUACGGAGAUGCAGUUUUAAAAACGCAAGUCAAAAAAGUAGCUAACUGUUAAAUGAAACUACAUAGGCAAGAGGGGCUUUCCUGGACCUGGCUGACAGAAUAUAGAAUGGGUAGGCCUUAUUCUCUGACGUUUGUUUCUCAUUUCUUGCUUGUCUGGUUGCUUUGAGAAGUUUUGCCUAGUUUUAAGUCUUUCUCUGCAUGGGAUGCAAAACUGUGUUUUUGAGUUCUGAUGGUCCCAUCUGAGCUAGGCAUGUCUUAAUAAAGAGAGUGUGCAAAAGGCUUAAGAACAAAAUAAUAUGAACAGGCCAAUGAAGACGAAAAGCAAAUUAACCUGGGGAGAAAGUUCCAGUGGAGCAGUGGUAAAAUAUUAAAUUUGUUACAACCUCAAUAGCAAAGUUUUGCUUAUAUUUUUUAUUGUACACAUAAUGUGUAUUUGUCAGUUUAUAUUGCAGCAUACUAGUGUUUUGUCCCAGUUUACCUGAUUUUAAUAAAAUAACAAGAUCUUAUCUACCAUCAUGUUACCAUGAUGUGCAGAAUGCCAACAUAUUGUGUUCUCUAAAGAAUUCACAGAUUACAGUUGACAUUUACUGACAUUACAGCACAUUUGUCCUCUGCUCGGCAUGGACGCUUAGUGUAACAAUGAUGCGUUAUUGUUGUGAUUACUCCACACAGGGAAGGUCUAAACCACAAAAGCCUGUCUUGAAGAAGCCACUUAACACUAAUCUUUAAUAAGUUGAUUAAUUAAUCAAAUCAAUAAACAAUUAUCAACAGUUAACUCAAAUAUAUUGAUAAUAAAUUAAAGUAACUAAAUGAAAUACCCAAAAUAGUGCCAAAUACAAAAAGAAAUAAAAGAAUAAUAAACUGAAAUAAGUCAUUCUAUAAAAGGUGGAAAAACGGUAGAGGACAAUUAUCAAAAACUUUUUAUUUGCCAAACUGUAAUCAAAAAGAAAAAUCCAUAAGUCAAAAAAAUGCAAAAUCAACAAGUCCUAGGUUAAAAAGUCUCCAAAGGCAUGCAAGAAACUAAAACUAGGAAAAAAAGUGUCAAAAGAGAUGACAACUGAGCGAGAUAGCUUUAGUAAACUGAAUGGAUACUAAAGCAUGACCAAAACAUCACUUCAGAGAGCUAGCAAAUCAAUAGCAAAUAGCUAAAAGUACAAAACAAAAUGUGAAAGAGGCAAUGGUAAGGUUAAUAGGAAAAGCAAAUAAUACCAAAUAUAAAGUAAACAUGGGUGUGACACUGAUGCCGUCCUCACACUUAAGAAGCCUUGGCAUCAUUUCCUCUUUAGACUUUCAUAGAUCUCCCACUAUGUUUUAUUGACCCACAAUAUAUUCUCCACAUUUUGUCAUUUUGUACAGCAGUUUCCGUAACCCUGUUCAUUUUGUGCAUGUAAAGUCACCACAUUCCUUGUACUAAUGCUAAAUUUCUUAUCUUUAGAUAAAUCCUAUGUAAAAAAAAAAAAAAAAUGUUUACUUUACAGUUCCUCUAAUCUACUGGCUCACCCUGUCUCAUUUACUUGGAAGGAUUAUCUAGGAAAAACUGAUUCAGUAGACCAUGUGCCAAGUGUUGAAUUUAGAAUUUACAAUAUGGUGUCUAUCUCUGCUGGUUUCAGGCUUUAAUGAAAGUCAGGACCUCUGAGAUACACUAUUACGCCUCUUGAGUUAAUUCCAAAUAAGUGUUUGACCAGUCAACAUCUAAAGCAGAAUAACUACUGAAAAUCCAAGAAAUUGAAAAAGCUUGUCAUUGUCACAAAGCUCUAUAGCUUAUUGUGGAGCACUUUCAAUACACAGUAUACAUAUUUGUUAUAAUUGUUUUUACUUUCUUUGGGAGCAGGGGUCAUAUUCCAAAGGAGAAAAAUAGUUUUAGUUUGAAUCAUUCAAUUAAUAAACCGUGACCACUGCAUACAGUAAGAUGCCAGAACCCCUAUGUGUAAAAAAGCAGUGUGUCCUUUAAAAUGAUACAGUUUGACUUUUACUACUAGGAACAUCUCAGUGUUGGCCUUUAAAACUAGACAAGUGAUUCUGAAUCCAAGAAAGUGCAUUCCUACCUUAUCUGACUUCUUGUUUUGAUCUGUUAAUUAAAGUGUUCAUCUUAACGUGAAAGGUUGUACUAAAUGCUUGCUUUGAUGCUUUGAAUUUAGAUACUGCUUGCGUACAGUCUGCAUUAUACUAACUAAUCUGAAAUAACAGCAAACAAAUAAAAAUAAAUAUCAGGAAAUGGAUGCUGGCAUCUGAAAAUAUUUGAUUUGGAGCCUAUGAGGGUAACAUAAGAGAGUAUAAUAAACAAGAAAUCAAGGGAACCCAAGGGAUUUGCUUUUGGAAUAGUAAGAGCAAAAAAAGAACAUAUUCAUUCAUAAGGCAUAUUCCUACUCUAUCAAGUGAGUAAGACAUUUAUUAUGGCUUAUGCUUUAUUUUAAAGACAACAUGGCAGUCCAUCAAGGCUAAACCACCAUUUGCAGUUGUUUAAAGACCAUACAUUUAGCCUGUGGGAAAUGCUCAAGCUGAUAUAAUGACUGUUUAUAAAUGCUUAUUUUUUCCCAUUCUUAUUACAAACAAAAUAAAAAAUACUUUUUAUAUAAGUUUUAGAUGCAAUGCUGGUUACCUCAAAGUCGAUAUAUGCAGGUGUUUAGUAAUCUUGCAUUUUGGCGUUUACAAGCCAGUCAUGGCAGCGUUAACCAGGUUGUACAGUACAUGGAAUUAAUUUUACUCAAAAUACCAUAAUGAAACAAAAGUUUUGUUUAUUUCCACCAACAUAGCACCUUGGGUGAUACAUGUUACAGAACUCAAACAGCGCCCUCCCUUAUGCUGUCAGACCUGAUAUCUUUUAUCCGGUUAAAUAGUUUGACCUUCAGCUCAAGGAAGGAAGUGUUGUCUCCUAAGGUGCUGGUAGCAAUGUAACAGUGUAAGGUGAUUCAGCUAAAGUAGGGAAAAUCUAGUCACCAUAUCUGAGCAGCAGAGUGACACCCCCAGCCGGGGAAGGUGUGUGAAUAAUGAAAACUCGCUGAUGUCCAUUCCAUUUCAUUCCUCAUGAUAAAUCUUUGUAAGCUUUCCGUUUUUUAUCAGUGCUGGCACUUUUGUAAAUCAACAGGUGGCUGCUUCUCUCAAAGACAGAAGAGGUAAACCUUUAAUGAUGCAUUAUUUACUUGGGGACUAGCACAAUGACACGGUGGUUUAGCGGGGUCCUCGAAGUGAUCCCUAGUGUGUUCCUUAUCAUUCUUGCCAUGUUUGCAUGAGUUUUCCCUGGUACUUUGAUUUCCUGCACAUUCCAAAGCCAAAUAGGUUAGCUUUACUAGUAUGUUUAGCUUGAGCUGGUUUGUGUGGAUGUGGAUGUGUGCUGUGUUUGAGACCAGGCAUUCUGUGCAAAGGCGGUUUGUGGUACUUGGAUCAAUCUCACAUCCCUGCUUUGCUUCAUUUCCUUUAGCCCUCUUUGCCUACAUAGAAUCAUGCUUCAUGGGCACGAAUGGACAGCUGAAGUCCUCCUGCAGCUCCAAUUGUGUGAUUUUACAUCUAUUGUUAAAUAACUAUAAAUACCAACAUACUGUAAGUAAGCAAACACAUUUUGGGAAUGCCUCUCCCACAUUAGUCCAUUCCCUGCUUGUUCUCACACCCAUAAUGCUUUUAGAGCCUGAUUGUGUGCAUUCUGAGUUGGUCAAUGGAUGAUCCAAAAAUGGGUAGUUUCUACACUCUCCACUUGCAAACAGAUAUAGCGAUGCAGAAGUAUUAAAUUAAAAAAGUGUGAUUUCUGUGGACCCGAGGUCUAAAUUUAGCAGCAUAUUUCCCAUCUUCAUUUAUCCUUGAAUGUGAUUGAAGGUCAAGGCUGACUUGUCCUUUUUAAAAAGGGAAACUCUUAAGGGAAGUUGUGCUGAAGGCUGUUAACUCACAGGUACGGAUCCCUUCAGCAUAAACAGUAUUGAGCUGAGAGGUCUAACCUGACUGGCAGCUUCUCGACUCUGUCAGGCACUGGUUAAGAAUUGGCAUCUUCAGUACCAGUGUGAAUUGCCAGUACAAAAUGGAAAACUGUUUUAUCUAUGUUGUUUACAUGCUAGGUUCACUGGUUCAUCUUUUUUUUCUUAAACACUGUUUUGAGAAACAAGAUGGAAUGUGCAUUUUAGCAAAAAUAAAGCAUUUGGUAACUUAACAUAUAGAAUCUGAGCGAAGGAGUAAAGCUUCACAUGUUGUACAAUAUUAAAAGAUACUAUUUGAACUGAUUUGCCCUGAAUGUUUUAUGUGGUUCACUUUUUCAGGGCAGUAUUUAUCUUGCCAUCAUACAUAUCGUCGUCUGAAUGCAAAAUUGAAAUUCUGACAGGUUUGCAGCGUGUUGUUUACUGCAUUGAUCUGAAGUAUUUGCAGAAUGACGGUUACAGCGCAGGUGGAGAACUAGAAAAUCAAACGCACUAAAAACACGUUGUAGUUGUGUCUCAUGUAUUUGGUUUGGUGGCCAUUUGAGAGAAGACAGAAAUACUAAACUACCAUCUCUGUGACUCUGUUCAAGUUGUUAGGGCAUGCAGGGUUACAGAACAUCCAAUAAAAUCACAUAAGCUGGGUGAAUAGGGAAAAAUAUAACUUUAAAAAGGAAAUUGCAUCAUUAAAGUUUACACCUCUCACUCUUUGUGCUUCAUUUUGAUUGUAGCUUUUUUAAUUAAAAAAUGUAUCUCUUUUAUAAAUAAGUAUCACAUGACUAAUUUAGGAUGUCUACAGCAAGUCACCUGAGAAAAUGUGUUUGGUAGAAAAUAUGUUUGGGCUCAGUGUGAACUUAUCCCUCAUGGUAUCCAUUACCAAUCUCAGGAACUUGGGGUGAAUUAGAAUGUGGAGUGGCCUCAUUGAAAGAGCUGCAAUGUGAUUGGCUGACUUUUGGAUUCAAUAUUUACAGCUUAUGCAACUGGAAUAGAGAGCAGCACUGGGAUUUGUGCUGAGCAGAGUCUGGUCAUCGAAAACUCUUUUCAUUAAGUCUAGAAAGGGCAAAAGUAUGAUUUAUGGUGGAUGAGCAUGACUAGGGUUAAUAAUUCAACAAAAGGAAAUGGAUGACCACAUCUACUCUGCAACAGCCCAUCAUUUUUUCUAUCAAACAGGUUUUAAUUAGGGUGCAGGACUGUAGUGAAUCAUUUAGUUCGCCUGAUAUUUUUAUUGUUUUUUUUUUUUACAUUUUUUUGAAUAUAGAGUUGCUUUGGGUUUGUUUUAUAUUUUGGGUGUCAAUAUUUUUUGUACAACAGUAAUUCUAAUUUUUAAACAGUGUUUUCAAAAAAUGAUUUAUUUGCACCCACUGAUCUGUAAGUUAAAAUUUAAUAUUGCUGAUUUUAGUAUUCUGUGAGGAACAAAUGUAUUUGAUACACAAAAUGGACCAGUAUUCACUACCUGUAUUGUAUUAUAUUGUCAUUAUAAAAAUAAUAAAGAGAUCUCUUUGAUGA